UAAAGCAUUGUGUGCUGCUGUGGCUCCGAUAUCACGUGUAGCCAUGAGCAAUCACAGGUAUGCGAUCUGUACAAUGGUUGUCUCUCACGUCGAGUGCAGCAGACUCUUCAGUGGGAAAAGCAAGGUUUUAUGGCUCUCAUGACGACCCUGGUUCUUUGCAUUUGUGGAAGAUGCGGUGCAUGUAUCACCUGAACUGUUGUUUUUCUAUAUUUCUUGUUGUGCGUGUCACUUAGAAGAAGUUAUGCUACAUAUCAUUGUUCUUCGUAUGUAUGCAUUAUAAGAAGACAUAUACGUUUUACCCUUUUUGUCAGCAGGAAAUUAGAUGAAACCUUGCCAGUAAUCAAGUUGCCCUGGGGUUUCAUGUCAUUUGAACUAUUGGGUUUAUAUUUUCAGAAUCCACCCUUGCUGCAUCUGUAUUCUUUGUCUUUUUACAUGGGGCUUAUGUCUCAUAUCUGCAAGUUUUUUGCUGUCGUUAUUUUUAGGCAAGCAUUAGAGCCUCUUGGGCCUUGUACAUUUGCUUCUGAGGUGAAUUUGCCCCUCGAGUGCUAAUAAUUGUAAAAACAGUGAGCUCAUCUGUUGAAAUGGGGCAGGGGGAGAGAAAUGGCCAUGACAAAAGAAAGUAAAUUGGGAAAUCUUUUUUUCUCACCGUGUUUUUCUCUGGAGGACAACAGCCACCAAUCAAAAGCAAUGCAACACCUGCUCCGACAAUAUCUUGCAAGUGUGAGACUGCACAUUAGUCGACCACAGUUAACUCACCAAAAGCAGAGGAAAGGACUGAAUAUUAAACAACCUGGUUCCUGGAUCUCUUAUUGACGGGAAGCAGAGUUGCUCAAAUGUUUUCCCAGCUCUCUGCAAGCUGAGGGGUCAAAGUCCAAACAGCUUCCCUGUAAUAGUUCUCUGUAGCCAGCUGGGCCAAAGAAAAAGACCGCUUACAGGCUCCCCUAAUGGGCCAAAGCCAGAAGAAAAGAUGACAGCUACCCUACCAACAAGGAAUGUCACCUCUGUGACAUUGUUAUUAUUCAUCUUGUUCAUUGUUUUUGACAUCAUGGCUGCAGUAUCAUAGUUUCUGUUGGGAAUUUUACCAGUCUGUUUAGUUUUAUGUUAUGAAAAGGAUUUUGUUGUUGGAGGGACAUGACUGUAAUCUGAGAAAGUAAGGCUUCACCCGGACUAUUUCCUCCUCUUGUUUAAGAAAAAAAAAAAAGAUUCAGUAUUACACAAAACCCUCUCUCUUUGUGUGUCUAAGAGUAUGAUAUGUGGAGCUUCUGACAGCAUCAUAGUCCUCUUGGGACCAGUCUUGGGAUCAUGGCUAACUUUAAUUGGUGCAAGUGGGUGAAAUACCAAGAAUGCUUGGAAAAGGAUGAAUCUUCUAAGUCAUCUGAGUCUUCCACGUGUCUUCGCUGCUGUCCCUGCCCGACAGCCCGCUCGUCCCACUGGGGCACCAUCUGCCUCUCCAAGCUUCCCCCCUUGCCCCUGCCCCCAGUAGUGGCUGUCCCAGAGGGUAGGAAAGGCGAGCCAGCCCGCGUAAAUAUGCCCGGAUGGAGGUCUCAGUGGCGUCUCGUCCUGCUGAACUCCCUGACCUGUGGCCUGGAGAUCUGCUUGGCAGCUGGGAUCACAUACGUGCCCCCGCUGCUGCUGGAGGCUGGAGUGGAGGAGCGCUACAUGACCAUGGUUCUAGGCAUCGGUCCAGUUCUUGGCCUCCUCUUCAUCCCCCUGAUCGGCUCGGCCAGUGAUCGAUGUAACAGCACUUACGGCAGGAGGAGGCCCUUCAUCUGGCUGCUGUCUUUGGGAGUCCUUCUUGCACUUUUCAUCAUUCCCCACGGUGAUGUCCUGGCUUCCCAUUUUGCCUGGGGUGGACGCACACUUCAGGUGGGCAUCCUUAUCUUUGGGGUGGGACUCCUUGACUUUUGUGGACAGGUGUGCUUCACACCACUGGAGGCCCUUUUGUCUGACCUGUACAAGGAUGAGGAGGACUGCGGCCAAGCCUUCGCCAUGUUCUCCUUCAUGGUCAGCUUGGGAGGAUGUGUGGGAUAUUUACUACCAGCACUGGAUUGGAGUCAUGGAUUUCUCUCCAUUUACCUAGGAGGCCAAGCAGAGUGCCUCUUUUCCCUCCUCAGCUUCAUCUUCAUCUCCAGCGUGCUCAUCACCAUGAAGACGUCUGAGGAACCCUUAUUUGCCAGCAGUACCGUGGCGAGUUCUGGAUCUAUAUUGGAGUCGGGGUCUGGCGUGAUGGAGGCCGGCCGCUGCGGCGUGCCACGCUCAUGCUCCAACCUGCUGAAGUGCAAACUGAGGCUGUUGAAGGCUGGUCCUCUGCUGUGCUUACUGAGAACAUGCUGGUCCAUGACUCCAGCCAUCUACAGGAGCUACUGCCACGUCCCGCGAGUGAUGAGGCAACUGUGUGUAGCUCAGCUGUGCAGCUGGAUGGCCGUCAUGUCCUUUAUGCUUUUUUACACAGACUUUGUAGGGGAAGGCCUGUAUGAAGGCGUGCCCAGCGCAUUACCAGGAAGUGCGUCCAAGCAGAGAUACGAUGAAGGUAUCCGCAUGGGCAGUCUGGGCCUGUUCCUGCAGUGUGCUACCUCAACCUUCUUUUCCCUGGUGAUGAGUCACUUGGUUCGUCAUUUUGGCUCACGUCGAGUCUACGUGAGCAGCAUGGUGAGCUUUACGUUCUCCGCGCUGGUCAUCUGCCUGACCAAAAGUGUGGUCCUGGUCACUGUGAUGUCGGCGCUCACUGGCUAUGCAUACGCCACGCUGCAGACUUUGCCUUAUACCCUCACCUGCCACUACCACAAGGAGAAAGAGGUCUAUAUGCCAAAAAGGAAAACCAAAACCAUACAUACGAAUGGUAUUAAACCCAAGCGGGACUUUUUGACUUCAGUGGAAGCGGAGGCUGGCCUUAAUCAUAAAACAGGGGCUCCCUACGGGCACGCCUUCUACAGCCAGGAGAGUUACUACCCCGUGCCACACGGCCAGAACGGCUCAUCUCACAUCGCUGCUGGCGCCGAACAGGAGGAGGCGGACGUGGGGUACGAGAAACGCGGCAUAGGUUUGGACUUUGCCAUCUUGGACAGCGCCUUCCUCCUCUCUCAGGUUAUCCCCACCCUCUUCAUGGGCAUGAUCGUUCAAUUCGCACAGUCCGUCACUGCCUACAUCAUCUGCUCCGCCGUCUUUGGCGCUGUCGCCAUCUACCUGGCCGGUCACAUUGUCUUCGACCAAAAGGACCUCAAAUGCUGAGAUUUUACUUGGGAAGAUGCGGGACACGACGGGAAUUACAGAUAGUCGAUCAUUCAGGUUCCAUGGGUUGAAACUCGGCAGUGCACUGCUGUUCCAACAAUGCCUUUGCUCUUUGAUUGAAAGCUCUGUGUUUAGGACGUUUGUGUUUGUUUGUUACGUGACAGGGAGAGGGCGAAAGAGAGAAAUUGGCCAGUGCUAAAAAUAUCAGUGUACAGAAAAGUUCCUUAUCAACCCCCACUGUGUGCUCACGACAAAAUGUGCUACUCUGUGCUGAAUGCAAUUGAAUUCUUAAUUAAUCUCUCUUUAGAGAAAACAUCGUAUUGCAACAUCUUUUCUGUCCAUUAUCUUUUUCCUCAGGUAAGACCAAACAGAUUUACUGUAGAACACAUCAACCUCAGACUCAUAGUUACUCACCCUGCUGUUUUCAUUUGUUCCUGUCCAAAAGUUUUAAAAUUAACACAUCGAAACACAUCGGCUAAUUAACUUGUACAGAAAUUACAAGCGGUUUGAGUGCAUUUAUUAAGACCUUUUUUUUAAUUGCCGGUAUUCCAGUGUUUCCCCAGGCUUGACAAAGCUGAGGAGGCCCAUUCAACCGACCGUUGCGUAUAAAAUAAUGGGAAUUGACUUGUACUUAGAUGCUGGCCUAAUCUUUAAUCUCCCCCUUUCCACCGUGUGUAAUCUGUUAAUGAAAGAAUGGUUUUAUUGCAGAUAUUUUUAAUACAAAUUUUUAUUGUACAUCCCUAUGGGAAUUUAGUUAUGCAACCUGUUGAGGUGAGGUUACGGACUGUGGUGGUUUACGAUUGAAUUUGUUUACUGGAGCUGGAAUUAUCACACAGCCUCCGACUAGAUAAUCAAGAGUUAAGUGGAUGCUUCUCCCUGUCGUAGUGCGUCUGAUCGGGAGGACAGUUGUCUCAGGUUAGUACCGUGUUUUUUUAUAGUGUCCCCAAUGUCGCAGUGCCAACAGUUUGCCCCCACUGGCUUAACGAGUUUGACUAUAUUCCCAAAGGACAAUCUUUGACAUCCAGACGGUUACGCAGAGUAGUGCCACGUGUGAGAUACACGGUGGCGUCUAAGUGAAGGCCACUUCAUACAUAGCAGCCAUUCCUGAAAAGACCAAAACAAAUCAUGCCGUUUAGUUACUGAAAACAAUGCCAGAGAAAGCACUGAUGUGCUGAAGGCCAAGCUUGAGUUUGAUUGUGUGUGUGUGUGUGUGUGUGUGUUAAACACGGUGGACAGAUAGUGUGAAAGUAAACUUGAGUAAUUAAGUGUGAGGGUAAUGAAAAGGUGUUUUUUCACAGUGAGGAUAAUUAAGUGUAUUGAUUUAAGCCCAUAUGAUGCUGUUUUGUUAUGAUGCACUGUGGCCUUGAGAUGAGCUUUUCAAGUCGCAGGUUGGUAUGAACUCAUGGACGUUGUAUGUAAAAAUGGAUAUAGUCUUCCAAUUUGUAGGAUGGAAGUCACCAGGGGGGCGAAAAUAAUUUGUCUGAAUGUCCCGCUUCUUACUCGAACGUCAGUAAACGUGUUCCUGAGGAGGUUAUUGGUCUCAAUCACUCGUUUCGGCUCUUCCUCAAUAGUAAAAGAUGUCAGUUUUAUAAAUGAUGUUCUUGUUAAGAGGAAAACAGACGACACCAGUGUGAUUGACAGCUGGUGUCGUCAUAUUGGUGCCCGGCGGUUGCAAGUGACGUCUGGAUUUCCGGUGAUAAAAACCUGUCACGGCGUCUGUCAAACGAAAAUCUCGAGGCUUCAAAGUGGGAGAUAAGUUUUGAAAUUGAAAGACUAUGUCCAAUUUUCACGUGCACUCCCAUGUGUUCACACCACGCUUGUGCUGCAACUGGAAAGUGAAAUCAUUUGAGUGUUUUGUAUCCAGGCUGUGAUGAAGAAUUUGCUACAAAUGUUCCAGGAGGGGGCGUCGCAACAGGGGGGGGCAGGCUCUUACUAGAAGGAGAGCAGCAGUUUUGCGAGAAGCCAUCUAAAGUUUCUGAUCAGCUGAUAGAGGAAAGUGCAGUGACGUUACAGUUGCAAACCCCAUAAGAAGGCGUAAUACCACUAGCUUGCUUUGCUGCCACGUAGGGCCCCCUGGGUCCCUUCUGCCUUGGAUCCCCGAAGUCCCUCGAAACACCCCUGAAGAUUUGUCCCCUCAUGUUGACACUACUGCUGAGAAAAAUGUUUAAAAAUAAAUUUGCCUUUUCCCACCAAAAUGCACAGGAUCAUAUGACCUAUAGUGGUUGAAGUGUCAGGAAAAAGGUUGUUUUACAAGUGCCUGUACAUUUUUCUUAACAUUUUUGUACAUAUGUAUUUAUUUAUUAUGCUUUUAUUACAAAAUAGCACGUAUUAAACUAUGGGCCUUUUUUUUGACAUCUUUUGAUAGGUGCAAUGGUGAAGGCUGUUUCUGUGAAAAAACAAAAAAGAUAAAUUAUUUGUAUAGAUGUGGUAUAGAAGUGUCCUCAAAGCUAUAAUUUAUUUUAACAUAACCCCCCUCAUUUAUCCUGUGGCUUUGGGAUCAUCACAGAGCCGUUUGCUGGUGUCCGUGUGCAUCACAUCAGCUGCAGGUGGGAAUAACAAAUCCCACCUGUGGGCUUCAUCCAUGUAUUUUAUCACUCGUUUUAUUACUGUCACAAAGCUCAGACGCUUGGUGGUUUGAUUUCUGGUGCAGGUGCAAACAAGAAACCUCAUCGUUCUGUCACUACCGUCUUUUCCCGGGACUUUAUAUAACCACUUGUUUCUUCAUCUGUUAUCGUGUUUAACAGAUAAACACUCGGGGAGGAGGUGGAGUUGUUGCCCUGUUGGUGUUGAUUUCAUUCGUGUUGAUUAAUCAGGUUUUUGUCAGAUCAUUUUUUUUUGUGUUGCCAUAAGGUUUGAGUCACCUGUGUUAUUGUCAUAAACACAUUCAGCCAUAACAAAAAAACGCUGUAUUUCACUUUCCUUAUACUUACGGUCAUAUUGUGUAUGUUAUGCAGUUACCAAAUAGAUCUUUAUACAAAAUAAAACAACUGCGUUGUCAAUGA